ACAUAUUGUUUUUCUCUAAUUCUCUGUGAAUUAUAAUACUUUAAUUUGUAAUUGAAUUAUUUGGCAGUUUGGCACAUAUUAUAUAGUUAUAUCAUGCUUUAGUAUUUUUGUCUGUGAUUAGAUUUGGAAUACAAAUAUAUGUAAUCUGUGUCCUGUUUUGUUAAAUACAAUUACCUUCAAUCAUUACACAUUUUGUCAUGAUGUAUUUGAAGCUAUUACAAGCAAUAGUCUCAAAAAAUGAAUUUUUUACCAAAAUGUUACUUAAACGGGAGUAUUAUUGUCUUAUUAUCAAUCGAUUACACUUAAAAAAUUACUCGCUUCAACAUCAAAUAAAAUUCAACCCUAAUGACAAGUUCAAUAUUCAAAAAUCUUUUAUAUCUAAACAAUUUUCUACUUCUAAUAAUCAGAAUGAAAUAGAUUUUGAACAGACAUGCAAUGAAACAUUAGAAUCAUUAUGUGAAUAUUUUGAACAAAUUGUGGAAGAUAAUAUACAUCUUGAAAAUCCUGACAUUUUAUUCAGUGAUGGUGUAUUAACAAUUCAAUUAGGUGAACCUUAUGGCACUUAUGUUAUUAAUCGACAGACACCAAAUAAACAAAUUUGGUUGAGUUCACCAAUAAGUGGUCCAAAACGAUAUGAUUUUGAUGGUACUAAAUGGAUUUAUAAACAUGAUGGUGUCAGCUUACAUGAAUUAUUGACUUUUGAAUUGUCUAAAAAAUAUUCAUUUAAUGUAAACUUUUCUAAAUGCACAUUUAGUGGUACUUCAAUUACUGAUCAAGGGUUUUAAAUAUUAAGUACUUAAACAAAGACUUGACUUAGAAGAAUAUAGAUAUCAAACACCUAUUAUUAUUUUAUUUUUAUUUUUACUGUGCAUAGAGUUUAAAAUUGGUAUUUUGCUAAGUUUAAGUAUUUUGUAUUUGUACCCUCUACUCAUGAAUGUUCUCAUACAGACAAAGGGAGCAUAUUGCCCCUUUCCAAUACCUAGUCAUUUUUAUAUCAUACAAAAUAAUUGGUGCUAUUGAAAAUGGAAUAUUUUGCUGUCCACUACUGAAAGUAGUAUAUUAGCAAUUAAUAUGUAUUUUGACAUAUUUGAUAUUAAUAGAUAAUUUUUAAUUUUUAAUUCAUAAUCUU